UAGCUGGAGUAACGUGUUUGUCACCGACCGAGAGAGAGCGAGAGAGAGAGUGAACUUAUUCCCAAGCUCUGCUGCCCUCUCAUCCCAGUCCUUCUGAGCUUUUCUGGGAUAAAGCACACACAUGCGUGCACAUGGACAUGGGAAACUGAGUAAUCAGAGAUAAACGAGUGUGGGAAAGAACGAGAAACACACGAGACUGCAUCACGCAGACAUUCCUCAGCAGGGAGACGAGGAGAAAAAAAACACCCAGCGCACAUCUGGAGGAGACAAGAGGAGGAAGGGACGAGCAGAGCCGCAGAAGAACGGAGCGAUUUAACGAAAGCGUGUGUGUUUAUGUGAUGGCCUUGGAGGUCCCGCAACAAGCCUUACGAGAAGCAGUGACCCCCGACUUCGAGGAAGAGGGUUAGAGACUCCCAUCACCCCAACGACCCUCAAGACAGAAAGAAUGAGUGGCGAUGUCCUCUAGCUAACCUCUCACACCGUUCAUCGUGUACCAGUGGACGUUUUAGCGGGUGUAUGGCCGCGCGCAGGCUGGUGGCAGUGGCGGCGGCGGUGGCCCUGCUGUCUCUGGUGCUUAACAACGUGGCGACGUUCAGCUCCAACUGGGUGCUGCAGGCGCUGGAGGACGGACGGCGGCGGAGCGUGGGGCUCUGGAGAGUGUGUACGCACGAGGACACACACACUCACGAGCCCACAGUCUGCCAGAGACUCAGCUGGGGGUCGGAGCUCGCAGGGUAUCAGGAGUCACGCAGCACUGUCAAACUUCAGUUUGACAUGAUGCGGGCAUGUAACCUGAUGGCUACGGUGGCUCUGACCGUGGGUCAGCUAAUCUUCCUGUUUGGGUUACUGGAGAUAACCCACAUUACCCAGGAUUCUCAGUGGUGGGAGGAAGCCAUCGCUGCCCUGUUCCAGUUAGCCAGUUUUGUGCUGGUGAUCGGUCUGGUGACAUUCUACAAGAUCGGCCCCUACACGCACCUGUCACACGCCUGCUAUGCUAACAUCGCUGCUUGCCUGUUUGCAACGCUAGCGGCUGCCAUGCUAAUCUGGAAUAUUCUGCAUCGGCGUGAUGACUGCAUGUCUCCGUCGGUCAUCGUCAUCAGCCGAUCUCUGACCACACCCUUCAGGCCGCGCCUAGACAAUGACUACGUAGAGUCACCAUGCUGACACACACAGACACAUCUCACCUGAGACAAAACACUGACGGACGGACGCAAUACACAUGGAGAGGAUUUCUAUCAUUUCAUGUGAAACUGAUCUCCUGGACUUCAUGUUU